AUGGCGAACACACGCGAGUUGAAGAUCAAUGCGCAGAGACUCAACGAUACGCUGCAGAGUACGUGUACGUCGUGGGGCGCGUUUGCCGCUCCAUCCACGGGCAUGUGUCGCUUGACACUCAGCCAGGAAGACAAGCAAGUACGAGACUGGCUCGUCGCAGAGUGUAAGAGCUUAGGAUGCGAGGUCAAAGUUGAUCAGAUUGGUAACAUCUUCGCGACUCGGCCCGGGAGCGUGAAGGGUGUGAAGCCGAUUGCGAUGGGGAGUCACAUGGAUACGCAGCCAGCAGGAGGCAGAUACGAUGGUAUCCUUGGAGUUCAAUCCGCUCUCGAGGUCCUUCGCACUCUGCACGACAACGAUAUUACCACACACCUGCCAAUUGCCCUGGUCAACUGGACGAACGAAGAAGGCGCGCGCUUCCCAGGCGCAAUGAUGGCUUCUGGCGUCUGGUCGACGCAUUCUUCAACUUCUCUGGAGGCUUGCUGGGAUCUGCAAGAUAAAGAAGGCAUACGCAUGAAGCAAGCACUCGAAGACAUUGGCUAUUUAGGCGACACAAAGGCCGACUACAAAGACAACGGGCUGGAAUGCCAUUUCGAGCUGCACAUCGAGCAAGGCCCAUUAUUAGAAAAAGAAGGAAAAACCGUGGGAAUCGUGACGAGCGUGCAAGGCAUGAAGUGGUUCGCUGUCAGGGUUGAAGGGGUGGAAGGCCAUGCUGGAGCGACGCCGAUGCCUGGCCGUGCGGAUGCGAUUGUGACCGCUUCGAGGCUGAUCACUGCGGUGCGGGAUGCGGCGCUCAAGACGGAGCUGGGCGUGGCUACCGUGGGAGUCAUCAAGAGCGAUACUUCGAGUCAAGCAACGAUAUCCGCGGGUGUGGAUUUCAUCAUCGAUGUUCGCUGCACGACCGACGAUAUGGUUGAUGAGCUCGCGUCUGCGGUCUUCAAAGCCUUCGAUAAGAUCAUCGCCGAGGAAGGUAAUAGCACGUCCUACGCCAUUGCAAGAUCCUGGGGCAUGCCGCAAUCAGUGUUUCACCCAAGGUGCAUCGAUGCUUGUAGAAGUGCGGCAAUCAAGACCGCUGGCGAGGAUCAGAUCAUGGAAAUGAAGAGCAGGGCUGGCCAUGACACUGCUUGGACAUCUCGCGUAUGUCCUUCGAGUAUGAUAUUUGUACCCAGUAAGGAUGGGCUCAGUCAUAAUCCGAAUGAAUAUACGAGUCCGGAGCAUUGUGCGAUUGGGGCGCAGGUUCUGCUGGAUGCUGUACUGGAGUAUGAUGAAAAGGCGAGGACUGGCCAGUAUCAGAGUAGUUAA